GCGCAGUCACCUCACUUAACCCUCACUCUUGACCUGUCAUUCAUUUGGGGUCGUGUCACUUUCCCGAGCUUUCCUUUGGUUAUUUUUAAUUUCACCGCGCCUUCUCCUUUCUCUUUCCUUCUGUUGUUGAUACCGACACGCGACUGUCGGCGACUCGGUACUCUCUCCGUUAUCUAAUCCCUAUCUUCAAUUGAACGCGACACACAAUCCACUCUCCUCCACGAACCGACAUUCACCUCCCCUUUCCCACAAUGGCAGCGACCGGAAGUCGACAGUGGGGCGUGACUCCCCCAAUUUCGACUGCUCUGCCGACACAGGAUGAGUUGGCUGCGAAUGACGAUCUUAUCCUGGAGUUGAAGGCGCAGAACAACUUCGAGCCACCCUCGGACUCCGAGCGGAGAAUCCAAAUGCUCCAACUACUUCAGCGGGUCGCCCUAGAGUUUGUCAAGACUGUUUCUCGGAAGAAGGGCCUGUCGCCUGCGGCCGUCGAAGCUUCCGGAGGCAAGAUUUUUACAUUCGGCGGUUACCGAUUGGGGGUUUAUGGCCCUGGAUCCGAUAUCGAUACACUUAUCGUCGGCCCGAAGCAUGUAUGCAGCGAGGACUUUUUCGCCGACUUCCCUCCUCUCUUACAACAGAUGGCCCCUGAAGGUGUGGUAGAGAAGAUGACUCCAGUUCCAGAUGCGUUUGUCCCCAUCAUCAAGAUGGAGCUCGCCGGAAUCAGCAUUGAUCUGCUGUUUGCUCGUCUUGUCAUUCCUUCAGUGCCUAUGAACCUUGAUCUCAAGAACAAUGAUUACUUGCGAGGCUUGGAUGAAAAGGAGGUUCGAUCGCUGAAUGGAACUCGUGUUGCGGAUGAAAUUCUAGAGCUUGUUCCUCAACAGAAGACGUUCCGUAUUGCCUUGCGCGCAAUCAAACUGUGGGCCCAGCGUCGAGCCAUCUACGCUAAUAUUGUUGGAUUUCCUGGAGGUAUCGCUUGGGCCAUGCUGGUAGCAAGAGUUUGUCAACUCUACCCGGCCGCUUCGGGGUCAGUCAUCGUGGGCAAGUUCUUCAGAAUUAUGAACAAAUGGGCAUGGCCUCAGCCUGUUCUUUUGAAGCAGAUUGAAGAAGGUCCUCUCCAGAUGAAAGUCUGGAAUCCUAAGAUUUACCACGGUGAUAAAUUCCAUCUCAUGCCCAUCAUCACUCCUGCCUAUCCUUCCAUGUGUGCAACUCACAACAUCUCCAUGUCAACCAAGACUGUGAUUCUUCGGGAACUUCAGAGAGGUGGAGACGUUGUGGACAAGAUCUUCACGAAGCAACUUUCAUGGAGUGAUCUUUUUACCCGCCAUACCUUCUUUACACAGGACUACAAGUAUUACCUCAGUAUCACGGCUUCAAGCAAGACCAAGGAAGAUGAAGCUGUUUGGUCUGGACUUGUAGAAUCGAAACUGCGUCACCUUGUGGGGGCUCUUGACCGCAAGGCGAUCAUUGCAGUAGCACAUCCCUUCCCGAAGGGAUUCGAAAGAAUCCAUACUAUCACCAAUGCUGAAGAGAUGGAGGCGGUCAAGAAUGGAUCAACAAAGUAUCAGACUAAGGGUACUACGACAGAGACAACCGACGAGACGAAGGAUCCGGCCCACGAGGCUGCGGCGCAAAACGGAAUGGAGAACGCACAUGUUGCGCCGCCCACAGAGCAAACCGAGCAACCCCAGCAAGCCGAGCAGAAACUCGAGGGUGGCAGUCACACAGUCUACACCACCACCUACUACAUCGGGUUGGAGUUAAAGCCGUUGGAACCAGGCACCUCGAGGUCUCUCGACAUCUCUACGGACUCGCAAAUAUUCAAGUCAACGUGCACAUCCUGGUCAGGCUAUAUCCCCGAGAUUCAUGACCUGGCAGUCACCCACGUUCGCAACUUCGACCUGCCCGACGACGUCUUCCAACCCGGUGAAACCCGGCCAUCCCGACCAAAGAAGAAGGUGAUCAAAAAGACCGAAUCGACCGGUCAGAAACGCAGACUUGGCGAGAUGCACGUAAGUCAAUAUGAAGAGAACGAGAUUGAACCUGACUCAGCAAUGAUAUCGACACUCGAACUCGCCCUUCAUCCUACGAAACUAGAUGCCUUCCUCUGGUAUCGCCGAUCGGGAAUCACUAAUCUUGUUCUUCUUGUAGGACUCUUCGCUGGAUGCCUCUCAAGGAUCAGCUAAGCGCCAGGUCACACCGAACACUAUGUCCAACACUGCGACGCCUGCCUAGGCACCGCUGUACUGUCCGCGCACCACAAGUACAAAACCUCAAUGCUAUCCCUCCGGGGCUGGUCCCCAUGAAAAUGAAAGAAAAACAACAUUCCCAUCACCAAAUCCCUCGAAGUUCUUCCCACCGGAACACGAGCUGCGGGGUUAGGUUCCAUCCACUGUUUUGACCGACGGGCCUUCUCCUUUACACAUCUGUGCCGAAAAGGAGAGAGAGCCAAUUAUUACGGAAAAUUUGUCACCACGCUCAAAGAGCACAAGGUUGGUUUUAUUUUCCUCUAUCCCUCUCAUUUACUACAGGCCUGCCGACUAGACAUGGGUCUUAUCUCCCCUCUUCCAUCUAUUCUCGGAGAUGUCCGAGUGAGUGACUUAUUUCUCCUUAUCCUUACACAUCUGCAAGUGUCCGAUUAUGAUUAUCUUUUUCACUGUCGCAUCAUCUUAGGCCGAGGUAGUUCAGGCGUUUCUCGGCGCUGGGGGCAGUCUUUGCGCUGUUUGCAUUGUACUUAUUAGUUCGGGACCUUCCAGCAGAUAUCUCAGCUAGGGUAGAUCAAUCAAGGGGUAGGUCCGUAAUAUGCGGG